UGGUCAAGUCUAUAUUGAGCCGAGCAUUAAGUUAACGAGGUGAUAAAUAAGUUUGAGUUUAACUCGUUUAUCAGCAAUGAGUAGCCAGACCUGGAACUUGAUGAACCAAACUAUAAGAAAUUACAUAAAAAUUAUUUUUGCACCUUAACUAAACGCUGCUUGAUGUGUUUAAUUCAAGCCUUAACGAGCCGAGCUCUCCAACGUCACAUUUUGCCUUAGUGCUCUGCUUAAAAACCGAAAAAUAACAAUCAAUGGAAAAAGAAACCAAAUAGAAAAAGUCAUGAACAGCAGGAAGAGGGAAAAGCCCUACUUCUCCCGCCACGCGCCUUACUCGCUCCCCAAGCCGAAGCGCCGCCGUCCUCUCCCCCUCGACGCCGUCUCCGGAGAGGACGCAAUCGACGCCUCAUCCGCCAAGGCCCCGACUUUGGUGGUGGUCACCGGCGUGCCGUCGGAGUGCUCCGUGCUGGACCUUAAAUCUAGGUUCGAGAUGUACGGGCCCAUAUCAAGGACCCGAAUGGAGCCUAAUGGAGUCGCUUACGUCAAAUUCAGAUCCAACGAUGCGGCGCUAUCCGCCGUCGACGCGGCCCGAGAUUCCAGUUUUCCGGUUACCAUACACUCCAUUCCAGUACAAGUGGCAUGGGCAAGUGACCCGGUUAUACAAUGGAAGGGAGGAAUUAGCAAGGAGGGUUUAUCAUCGAGGCUCGUUCGAGCGCAAGUGCCUCUGAGGAGGCUCGGGAGAGGUAAUCGGCUUGGGUCAACUAUUGUGAACCCUCGAGAUGAGAAUAUUAAUAAUGAACGUGAUGAAAGCAAUCAGAAUAAAAUUGAUAAUGAUGUUAUUAAGGUUAGUGGUUCGGCUUUGGAUGGGCCUUUCAAGGGAAGGGAAAUUGUGGCGUAUGAUGAUAUUUUGUAAAUCUUUUUUCAUGUUAGUAAAUGUGUGGGUAGGCUCGAGUUUGAUUGUUGCUAUUGUUUCCUUUACUUUACGUGCUGUUCUUCUCUUUCUUCUUGAAGUGACUUGAGUGAUUCAGAUUUGAUUGCUUGCUGUUGAAAGUUUCAGGUUUUUGGUUUUUAGAUUUGGAUUUUGUUGGGGUCUUUUGUUCUGUUUUCCUCUUAUUCGAUGUAAGUGAAUGGCUAAGUGGUAUUUGCUUGGCGUUUGGAUUUGCAGUACAUAUUGUGGUUAGGUAACUUUUAUUUCCUUUUCCUUUUUACAUGUUAUGAUAGUUUCUGUUUGUAUUGGAAUUGGAUGUGUAGGGUUCGACGGUAAAUUUCAUUCUAUUUGUGUGGGUAGGAAUUUUUAACCGUUGG